GCACGCAAGGUAACCGCACCAAACAAAGUCCAUCCCUGCGUAUGAUAGACAUCUUUUCUGCUGCGUCCGUUACACUGCGAAACUCGUGUUGGGAAUCUUUUGUCAGAUUUCUCCACUGUUCCCAAAUUGUAAGAUCCCUCGCUGCUGCUGGCUCCAUUUCUACUUCCUUGCUGAUUGCUUGAAAAUGCGAAGAAGAAGAAACGAUCUGUUUGUGUCGAACCUUGAACCCAGAUUCUAGGGUUUUUGCCGUAUAAGGGAAGGGGGAGUGUCGUCUUCUGGGCGAGUUCGGCUAACUUUCCGGGGAGAUCUUCGGUCAGGAAAUGUCUGUGGAGGAUUUGUGGGAGCGAUUGGUGCGUGCAGCGUUGCGAGGCCGACGAGCUAGUGGGGAUUUGCAUGGAAGGCCUGAGCCUGGCCUAGCUGCAAAUGUUCCUUCCUCACUGGGGAAUGGGGACAUAGAUGAUAUUCUGCGUGCGGCAGAUGAGAUUCAGGAAGAUGAUCCCAAUGUUUCCAGAAUAUUGUGUGAGCACGCAUAUUCUUUGGCUCAAAACCUGGAUCCUAAUAGUGAGGGAAGAGGUGUCUUGCAAUUUAAGACUGGUUUGAUGUCUGUUAUUAAGCAAAAGCUAGCAAAGAGGGAAGGAGGGGGAAGAAUAGAUAGAAGCCAAGAUAUUACCCGUUUACGAGAGUUUUAUAAGUUGUACCGACAAAAGCAUAAUGUUGACCAACUGCGAGAAGAUGAGAUGAAAUUGAUGGAAUCUGGUGUCUUUAGUGGUAACUUUGGCGAAUUGGAGAGUACAAGAGUCAAAAGAAAAAGAGUGUUGGCUACACUCAAGGUCCUUGGUCAUGUCUUGGAGCAGCUGACCAAGGAGGUUUCUGCUGAGGAAGCUGAAAGAUUAAUCCCAGAGGAGAUGAAGCGGGUAAUGGAGUCGGAUGCUGCAAUGACAGAAGAUUUAAUUCCCUAUAAUAUUAUUCCUCUUGAUGCUCCUGCUGUAACGAAUCCUCUUGUGUCUUUUCCGGAGGUGCGAGGAGCAAUAUCAUCUUUAAAGUAUUAUAGGGAUCUUCCAAAAUUACCUGGAAGUUUCUCCCCACCGUCUUCAAGGAGUUUAGAUAUAUUUGAUUUUUUGCAGUAUACUUUUGGUUUUCAGAAAGAUAACAUUUCAAACCAGAGAGAGCAUGUUAUUCAUCUUCUUGCAAAUGAGCAAAGCCGGCUUCGGGUUCUUGAGGAACCUGAUCCAAUGUUGGAUGAGGCUGCUGUGCAAAGAGUGUUUUUGAAGUCUCUAGACAACUACAUUAAGUGGUGUAACUAUUUGGGAAUUCCAGCUUUCUUGGGCAGUUUGGAUGCUGUAAGCAAAGAGAAGAAGCUGUUGUUCAUUUCAUUGUACUUCUUAAUAUGGGGCGAAGCUGCGAAUGUGCGGUUCCUUCCAGAAUGCUUAUGCUACAUAUUUCAUCAUAUGGGAAGGGAGCUGGAAGAGAAUAUACGAGGGCAGCAUGCAAAGCCUGCCAACAGUUGUGUAUCUGAUUCUGAUGAUUCUAGUGUAUCAUUUCUUGACCAAGUUAUACGCCCGGUUUAUGAUGUAGUUUGUGCGGAAGCUUCAAAUAAUGACAACGGCCGAGCACCUCAUUCAGCUUGGAGAAAUUAUGAUGAUUUCAAUGAAUAUUUUUGGUCACUAAGUUGCUUUGAAUUGAGUUGGCCAUGGCGGAAGAGUUCACCAUUUUUCAUAAAGCCAACCCCUAGGUCUAAGAAUAUUCUGAAAUCUACUAGUCAGAGCAAUCGUUGUGGCAAAACAUCAUUUGUUGAACACAGGACAUUUCUACAUCUAUAUCACAGUUUUCAUCGUCUGUGGUUGUUCCUCUUCAUGAUGUUCCAGGGACUUGUGGUGAUUGCUUUUCAUGGAGGCAAUUUUGAUUGCAAGACCAUCCGACUAGCUCUUAGCAUCGGACCAACUUAUUUUGUGAUGAAAUUCUUGAAGAGCGUGUUGGAUGUCAUGAUGAUGUAUGGGGCAUACUCUACCUCAAGGCGUCUAGCCCUCACCAGAAUUUUUCUCCGUUUUCUUAGCUAUGGCUUGGCUUCGGCUUUCAUUUGUUUUCUCUAUGUGAGAGCUUUAACAGACACCGAUAACAGCUGCUCUUCUGCUACAUACAAAAUCUAUAUCAUAGUUCUAUCAAUUUAUGCUGGCACAAAGUUCUUCUUGAGUUUCUUGUUGCGUAUUCCAGCAUGUCACCGCCUUUCAAAUCGAUGUGACAAUUGGCUUUUAAUCCGCUUUUUGAAGUGGAUGCACCAGGAACACUAUUAUGUUGGUCGGGGCAUGUAUGAAAGUGCUUCAGAUUUCUUCAAAUAUUUGUUCUUCUGGCUUGUUGUGCUUGGGGGCAAAUUUUCUUUUGCUUAUUUUCUACUGAUUCAGCCAUUGGUGAAACCAACAAAGGAAAUAGUAAGACAGACAGUAGUCAGAUAUUCAUGGCAUGAUGUUGUGUCAAAACAUAACUAUAAUGCUCUGACGGUAGCGAGCUUAUGGGCACCUGUACUCCUCAUUUAUCUCUUGGAUAUCCAUAUAUUCUACACUAUUAUAUCUGCGGUAUGGGGCUUCCUGCUGGGUGCUAGAGAUCGCCUUGGAGAGAUUAGGUCUCUUGAUGCUGUUCACCAACUUUUUGAGAAGUUUCCCGCUGCAUUUAUAAAUACUUUGCAUGCACCACUGCCUAACAGGGCUCCCGCAGAAUCAUUUGGUGAGGGUGUGAAAAAGAACAAAAUUGAUGCUGCUCGAUUUUCUCCAUUUUGGAAUGAAAUCAUAAAGAAUUUAAGGGAGGAGGAUUAUAUUAGCAAUUCGGAAGUGGAGUUGCUUCAAAUGCCCAAGAAUUCAGGAAGCCUGCCCCUUGUCCAGUGGCCACUUUUCCUUCUAGUUAGCAAGAUAUUCCUUGCAAAGGAUAUUGCUUUAGAGAAUAGAGAAUCCCAAGAUGAGCUUUGGGAAAGAAUUUCGAAGGAUGAUUACAUGAAAUAUGCUGUUGAGGAAUGCUUUUAUAGCAUCAAAUUUAUCCUUAUGUCUAUUUUGGACGACAAAGGAAAGAAAUGGGUUGAAAGGAUAUAUGAAGACAUUCAUGGGAGUAUAGUGAACCGAUCCAUUCACUCUGACUUGCGGCUGGAUAAACUACCAACUGUUAUAUCAAAAAUUAAGGGACUGCUUGGAAUUCUGAAAACGGAUCAUACCCGUGACGUUGAAGCUAGUGCUGUUAAAGCUAUUUUGGAUCUGUAUGAUAUUAUGAGAAUUGAUGUCCUAUAUAUCAACAUGAGAGAUAAUAUGGAGACAUGGAAUAUCCUCACACAAGCAAGGACUGAAGGCCGUCUCUUUCAAAACUUGAAGUGGCCUAAAGAUGAAGAGCUGAAAGCACAAAUCAAUAGAUUGUAUUCACUCCUGACCAUCCAAGAUUCUGCUGCAAAUAUUCCUAAAAAUCUCGAGGCUCAAAGGCGUCUUCAGUUUUUCACUAAUUCUCUUUUUAUGGAGAUGCCAGUUGCUAAGCCAGUUCGAGAGAUGUUAUCUUUUAGUGUUUUCACUCCAUAUUACUCGGAGAUUGUGCUUUACAGCAUGGAUGAACUUCGUAGGAAAAAUGAGGACGGCAUUUCUACUUUGUUUUACCUGCAAAAGAUCUAUCCAGAUGAAUGGAAAAAUUUUCUUGCUCGGAUUGGACGUGAUGAGAACACAACAGAAUUAGAUCUUUUUGAUAAUGCAGAGCAUAUUCUUGAGCUACGGUUUUGGGCUUCUUAUCGAGGACAAACAUUAGCAAGGACUGUUCGGGGAAUGAUGUACUACAGGAAAGCCUUAAUGCUUCAAGCUUAUAUUGAACGAAUGCUAGUUGGAGAUGUGGAAGUGGGAAUCAAUAGAAAAGAAUCAGCUGAUGUUCAAGGUUUUGAGUUGUCUCCAGAAGCAAGAGCUCAAGCAGAUCUCAAAUUUACGUAUGUUGUUACCUGUCAGAUAUAUGGAAAGCAGAAAGAAGAACGUAAACCUGAGGCUGCGGAUAUUGCUUUGUUGAUGCAAAGAAAUGAAGCCCUUAGAGUUGCUUUCAUCGAUGUGGUUGAAACUCUGAAAGAUGGAAAAGUGUUCACAGAAUAUUUCUCAAAACUUGUGAAGGCUGAUAUCAACGGAAAAGACAAGGAGAUUUAUUCCAUAAAACUACCAGGAAAUCCUAAAUUGGGUGAAGGGAAGCCUGAGAAUCAAAAUCAUGCUGUUGUCUUCACACGUGGUAAUGCUGUGCAGACAAUUGACAUGAACCAGGACAAUUAUUUUGAGGAAGCAUUGAAGAUGAGAAAUCUUCUUGAAGAGUUUUUGUGCGACCAUGGAUUACGUUCCCCUACAAUACUAGGUGUUAGGGAGCAUGUAUUUACUGGAAGUGUUUCUUCUCUGGCAUCCUUCAUGUCUAAUCAAGAAACUAGUUUUGUCACACUCGGCCAGCGUGUUCUGGCAAAUCCUUUGAAGUGCCGUAUGCAUUAUGGGCAUCCCGAUGUUUUUGAUAGAAUUUUCCAUAUAACUAGGGGAGGGAUCAGCAAAGCAUCCCGUGUUAUCAAUAUAAGUGAAGAUAUAUAUGCAGGUUUCAAUACAACAUUACGCCAGGGAAAUGUGACUCACCAUGAAUAUAUUCAGGUUGGUAAGGGACGUGAUGUUGGGCUCAAUCAAAUUGCACUUUUCGAGGGCAAGGUUGCUGGCGGCAAUGGCGAACAAGUGCUUAGUAGGGAUGUUUACAGGCUUGGGCAGCUGUUUGAUUUCUUCAGGAUGCUCUCAUUUUACUUCACGACAGUUGGAUACUAUUUCUGUACCAUGUUGACGGUGCUGACAGUGUAUGCAUUUCUAUACGGGAGGCUAUACUUGGCAUUGUCUGGUGUUGGCGAGUUCAUGAAUGACGUGGCCCAGGUGUUACAGAAUACUUCUCUUGAUGCAGCAUUGAACGCACAGUUUCUUUUCCAGAUUGGUGUGUUUACAGCAGUGCCUAUGAUUUUAGGCUUCAUCUUGGAACAGGGUUUCCUGAAGGCUAUGGUUAGUUUCGUAACAAUGCAAUUCCAGCUUUGUACCAUCUUCUUCACAUUCUCAUUGGGCACCAAAACACAUUACUUUGGUCGGACUAUUCUUCAUGGUGGUGCCAGGUAUCAAGCAACUGGUAGAGGAUUUGUGGUUCGCCACAUCAAGUUUACUGAAAACUACAGGCUGUAUGCACGAAGUCAUUUUGUUAAGGGAAUGGAAAUUGUGCUGCUUUUGGCUGUUAUCUUUGCAUUUGGGUACAACAAAGGUCUAUCCUAUAUUCUUCUCACAAUCAGCAGUUGGAUUCUAGUUGUUUCUUGGCUGUUUGCUCCAUAUUUAUUUAAUCCAUCUGGAUUUGAGUGGCAAAAAACAGUAGAAGACUUUCGGGAUUGGACAAAUUGGCUCUUUUACAGAGGUGGAAUUGGAGUUAAAGGAGAAGAAAGCUGGGAGGCUUGGUGGGAUGAAGAACUGUCACAUAUUCGUAACUUCAGAGGCAGAGUGAUGGAAACCAUUCUGAGCCUACGUUUUUUCAUCUUCCAGUAUGGUAUUGUCUACCAUUUAGAUGUCAAGGGAGACAGUCAAUCACUUUCGGUAUACGGGUUUUCUUGGGUAGCAUUUGCAGUGCUUAUAAUUCUUUUCAAGGUGUUCACUUUUAGUCAGAAAAUGUCGGUCAAUUUCCAGUUGCUUCUAAGAUUUGUCCAAGGCUUAGUAUUUUUAAUGGCACUGGCUGGUUUGAUUUGUGCCAUUGUGUUUACAAACCUCUCUGUUGGCGAUAUAUUUGCUUGUCUCCUUGCUUUUCUACCCACCGGUUGGGCAAUCCUUUCGAUCGCUUGUGCAUGGAAGCCGCUGGUGAAGAAAAUCGGGCUGUGGAAGUCUAUGAGGUCAAUUGCCCGACUAUACGAUGCCUUAAUGGGUAUGAUCAUCUUUGUCCCCGUUGCUCUUUUCUCGUGGUUUCCAUUUGUGUCGACUUUCCAGACACGGCUUAUGUUCAACCAAGCAUUUAGUCGCGGCCUCGAAAUCUCGCUCAUCCUUGCUGGAAACCAACCUAAUGCUAGUGUGUGAGCUUUUCUAUUUGUAUGUAACGUAACUAUGUGUGCCUGUAAUUAACAUUUCUUGUAUCAAUUUUUGAAUGCUGAUAAGAAGGGAGUCAGUCCCAGCUUUGGUCUCUGACUGUUUGUUGUAGAAAUAACUACUUAGUACUUUUAGGUAUCUUUAGACAUUUGUCAUAUGAUUUAAUUUUUUAUAUCUUUAUUUUUUUUCUAUUA